UUGUAAUCUAGACGCCACAUGUUUGCAUAAGUACGCGAUUUUUAGUCUAACUUUCAAAAUGACAACAAUCUAUGAUGAACAAAAUAAGCUGUUCGUCAAGUAUGACCAUGAGUGUCAGAUGGAGCGUCAAUCCGACGAAGUUGCAGAAGUUAUUAGCGGGAACUCUCUUCUGGCAAGGGUACGAAGAAGAUUACUGAGAUUUAGAAUGGUUUCCGAGAACAGCAAACUAAGUAAUUGGUAUUUACGUAGCCAACGGGCCAUUGUAAAUGAAAAACAUCGACAUCUAAAUACCUACCAUUACAUGUUGCACCCCUUCAGUAAUGCUAGGCAGUGUUGGGAAAUGAUGAUGUGUCCAGUAUUCCUAAUUCUACUUUUGGUGGUUCCGUUAGAUGUUGCAUUAUUCCGCUCCCCCCACGAAAAUUUUGUAGUAGAUAUACCAUUUAAACACCUACGAAUAUUCUUGGAUGCGUGCUGUAUUAUGGACAUUAUCGUCAAUUUUUUUACUGGUUAUUUUAAUAAACAACUCAAAAAGGCUGAAUUAGAUCCGUUCAAAGUGGCUAUAAAUUAUUGCUCAAGCAUAUUUAUAUAUGAUCUAUUAUCGACAAUACCGACUCACUUGGAGCUGUUUAUGGAUGUGGAUUUAUACGGUAAUGCUCACGUAAUACUACAAUUAUUAUCUCUACUAAAGUUAUUACGAUUUAUUACGUUUGUAAAGUAUUGCAAUGUAUUUCUUAAGAACUUUGAGAUUGACUACGCAAUCUACAAGCUGGCAAUGGUAUUGAUUAUAACCGUCUUAUAUUUUCACUUGGUAACCUGCUGUUUAAUGUUAUGGCAUAUUUAUACAUGUGGUCUACUGUAUAAGCCAUUACAGGGAAGCGAAAUGCUUUCGUGGAAUAAAUCAAAUAUAUAUUACCACACACAUUUUUAUAACUCGCUCUUAAUAAUAAAAAGUGCAGGUUUCAAAGAUAUCAGGGGGGGCCCUAUCACGGGGUUACCGAUCCUUGUGGGCGUUUGGAUCAUUUCAAGAAUACUACUCAUUUAUGUAAUAGGAACGAUAAUGCAGGUUUUUAAGGCCGGCACUUCUCCUCGUCAUAAAUACCUUGAAAUAGAAAGACAAUUGAAGCAGUAUAUGGGCCACCGUCAGUUGCCUGAUUCCAUGCAACGUCGCAUCUUGAAAUACUACGAGUUUCGAUUUCAGAAGAUGUAUUUUCGAGAAAGUGAAAUCCUGCCUACUAUUUCGGGACCUCUGCGUCAGGCCAUAGUAAUGCACAAUUGCCAAAAAUUGGUGGAGAGCGUUGCAUUCUUCAAAAAUGUUCCUUUCCCGCUACUAACUCGCAUUGUUCAUUGUUUACGUUCAGAAAUUUUCUUGCCAAAUGAUGCGAUAGUACGAGCAACAACCGCAGGCAAUUCCAUGUAUUUUAUCAAGAGUGGUACCGUUGCGGUGUUCACCGCAUCCGGACGAGAGAUUUGCCAUUUAGAGGAUGGAGACCAUUUUGGAGAAAUUGCUCUUGUGAUGAGCGACGAAUUGCGAGUCGCUUCUGUGCUAGCAGUAGAUACCUGCGAAUUGUACAAGUUAGAUAGGAAGGAAUUUGUUCGUGCCGUGCAUCCCUAUCCCGAUCUACUUGAUGUAAUACAACAUACUGCUAUGGAUCGAUUGGAAAAAACGGCUAUCUUGGAUGAGCGAGACAGACGAGAAAUAGCUAGCAAAAGACUUUAUUAGAAUGGUUAAAUAUUAUAAUUUUCUGUUUCUAAAUGUAUUAUUUAUGUAGCAUUCAUACCUAUAAGUUGUUGAGAAUUAU